AAACGGCUCCACCUUACCGUUUGUCAACACGCUACCCUGUUUCCAACAUUAUACCCUCCGCUGUGUUUUACGUUCCCUCUUGACUUCUCGUCGAUAUGUCCGAGGUGGAAGAAACUUUCAAACGCCUGCUUUCCCAUAAAGGCGUCAUAGGAGCAAUUAUCGGCAGCUCUGAUGGCAUCGCGAUUCGCUCUUCUCUGGACAACAGCACCACUGUGCAAUAUUGUGGGCUCAUCCAGCAGCUAACGGCAAAGGCUCGCUCCGCAGUGAGGGAUUUAGAUCCUUCAAAUGACCUAACCUUCUUGCGUAUUCGGAGUAAGAAGAACGAAAUCAUGGUCGCUCCGGAUAAAGACUACAGUCUGAUAGUCAUCCAGGAACCGAGGACAGAGUAGCUUUCAAUGGGCACUCAACUGGAAUUGGUACUUAUCACCACAAGUUUGCCUUCCCAUGGUGUUCGUCUGGUCAACAUCUCUACUGUGCCCAUCUUUACCUUAAGAAAUCCAUCGGGUUACGGGUUUUCCGAAAAAUCUGUGAUUACAAUGUUCUUUAUCACUGUCCCCGCUGUAUGUCUAGCACAAACAUUACCUCUCGAACCGUUUGUUGCAUGUGAUCCAACAAGUUGUUGAAAGUUAUUCUAGUUUUGAUCAUUUUUUCUGUCUAUCGACGUCUUGGUUCGUUCAACCCAUGUCACAGAAGUCUUCGGCCCUUGGCUGAGUCCAUCGGUUGCUGUUACCAGCCUUAAUUUGAAAAGGAAAUGGAAGAUGUGCACUUGCAACCUCGUGCGAUUAGCAUCGGUUUCCCUUUUUAUUCUCACAUUUGACACUGUUACACAGGGAAUAACGUAACUUUCAGACACAAACAAGCUUUGCAAGUCAGGCUGCUUGAUAUCCUGUUGAUUCGGAGAUUCGACCACUGGUCCGCCUGUGCCGUAAGCCUUUCAGAAUUAUGUUUUUGAGCUAUAUGUUCUCUCUUUCCCGGAAGACAUAUUUACCCACCUACGCUGAUACCCACAGUAGACCAUCGUCUUGUAAUUCA